AUGGACAGACAGGCAGGGCCGAUGGCACGGUCAUACAAAAGGACGCUGAGCUCGGGGUCGGGGCGGGCAGUGACGGUGAAGCGGACGAAGCUACAGGGCGACGGCGGGGCGGGGCGCGGGGUCGGCGGCUGCGGGCCGCGGACCAUGCCGGACCGCUUCAUUCCCAACGAGACAUCGAUCAAGGCGUACCGGGCGUCGCCAAACCUCCGGCACUUCGACCUCACGAUCAACGAGUUGGUGGACCCGGAGUCGCAGCGGCGGUUGCCUUCGCCGGAGUUCUUCACGUCGCAGGACUUGCAGUUGGCACAGCUUAUUCUCACGCCGGACGCGUCGCCGCUGGCGGCCAAGGAGGUGAAAACGCGGCUCAACGAGGAGUUCAAGCGGCACCGGGAGUACAUUGCGGACGCGCUCGGGUUCCAGUCGCCGAAGCGGGUGUACCGCUUCGACCGGCUCCCGAAGACGCUUGAGGUGUCUCCGAACCACUCGGUGGUGGACCCGCUCCUCUCGACGUUGCCGCCCCGGGACGCGGCGCAGUACAUCCACAAGCAGGAGUUUCCGAACUUCGAGCAGUCGAAGCGGUUUGUGCCGUGCGAUCUGCGGCCGACGCGGCGCACGCGCUCGCACAUCCCCUACCGCGUGCUCGACGCGCCGGCGCUCCGCAACGACUUCUAUUCGAACCUCGUGGACUGGUCGCCGGCGACCAACAACGUGGUGGUGGGCUUGAACUGCUCGGUGUACCUCUGGUCCGACACGUUGGGGCCGAUCAACGUGCUACACCACGGCUACCUCCAGAAGAAGGGCGACAUCGUGACGUGCGUGUCGUUUGCGCCCAAGGACGACUACUUGGUGGUAGCGACGAAGCUGGGCCGCUUGCUCGUGUUCGACCAGUCCUACAAGCCCAAGGUGAUGGUGGACGGCUCGCGCCAGCCCCUCGUCGAAACGCGCAUCAACAACAACAGGGGCAUCUGCUGCGUGAAGUGGUUCGAGAACGCCAAGAACGAGUUCCUAUUGGGCAACGAUAUAGGCGAGGUCCAUAGAUUUAGACUAGAGCACAAGAAGUUCGAGCACUUUGAGAUCAUCACCAUGGGCGAGGCAGAGCGCCGGUUGCGCGUGGGCAAGGACCUCAAUGGCCACGUUUCCGGCGUGGAGCGCGUGAAGCAGAAGUCGUACAACAUCAAGGAGACGCUUGUCAAAUAUGUGUACGAGACGUUGGAGCUCUGUCUCGAGAACGUCUACACCUUUCAGUCGCAGACACAGCAGGUGUGCGGCUUGGACAUAUGCGAGGACACCGGCUUCGUCGCCGUCGGCGGCAACGACAACUCCUGCAGCCUCUGGGACAUCUCACAGGCCAGCGGCCCGCCGAAGCUAUUGUUCCAGCUCCCGCACUUUGCCGCCGUCAAGGCCGUCUCUUUCUGUCCGUGGUCCCGCUCCCUCCUCGCCACCGGCGGCGGCAGCAAAGACCGUACCAUUCGCUUCUGGCACGCGCCCUCCGGCACCUUGUUGAAGGAAAUCAAGACUCCUGGCCAGAUCACCUCCCUCAUCUGGUCCACCCGCCGGAAGCAGAUCGUCGCCACCUUCGGCUUCAGCGACCUCGAGAGCCCCACGCUCUUCAUCAGCUACUCUUACCCCAGCAUGGAGCCCAUAAUGAAAAUCACCACUCCGAGUGCCUUGCGUGUCCUCAGCGCCGUUUCCUCCCCGGACUUCUCCAGCAUCUGUAUUGCUACUAACGAUGAGACCGUGCGCUUCUACGAGAUGUGGGACUCCAACGAGUCCACCAUCAUCGAGGCCCAGGCCACAGGUUUGUACGGAAGCAAGAUUAUCGAACACGAAGAGGGCAUUGAGCCUGACACUGAUCCCAUCAGGUAG